GUGAUAAAUAAUAAAGUGACAUUUUCGAAACAAAAUAUUCGUCACAUUGUGAUAACAUUGCUUCUUCACUUAUCCCUAGACAUAAGCAGCUAGUGACUUUAUUAUAUAUUUUGAGAAAUUGGCAACACUUUUCAACAGACAAUGGAAAUUUGCAUAGAUUCUUUAGAAUCAGCGAAAAAUGCAAUCGAGGGUGGUGCAACGAGGCUCGAAAUUUGUUCUGCCCUUUCCGAAGGUGGUUUAACACCUACUCCUGGCUUUUUACAAAAAAUUAAGAGUUUUUCAUCUAUUCCAAUUUAUGCUAUGCUUCGAAUACGUUCCGGAAAUUUUGUAUACACGAAAGAAGAAAUGGAAGUCAUGUUACAGGAUUUAAAAAUAUUAAAAGAUUACGGUGCCAAUGGUUUCGUCUUUGGCGCAUUAACGUCAGAUAAUGAAAUCGACGUGGAAUCUUGCAAGGACAUACUUUCCGCUGCUCAAUCAUUACCAGUAACCUUCCAUCGGGCCUUCGACGAAGUCAACGAUCCCUUAAAAUCUUUGAAAAUAUUAAUAGAUUUAAAAUUCGAGAGAAUUCUAACUUCUGGACAAAAAGAUACCGCAGAAGAAGGAUUAGAAUUGAUAAAAAAGCUUGUUCAAGAAGCUCAAAACAAAAUAAUCGUGAUGCCAGGUUCUGGUAUUACUAAAGAAAAUAUUUUGAAAAUAAAGAUGAUAUCUGGUGCGAAAGAAUUUCAUGCAUCAGCUAAGAAAAAGGUGAUAAUUCCAUAUGGUAUAAAUAAAGUUAAAAUUGGUACUAAUAAAGAAACUUAUAUCACAAUGACUGACAAAGAAUUAGUGCGAGAAAUGGUUCGAAUUUUAUUGAAUGCUAUAUAGUGUUCACGGUGAUAAACUAUGCAGUUUUAAAUCGAAGAAUAUUUUACUCGAAGUCACGAACCUGUUUCUUUAUAUAACUGGUUUCUCGAUAAAAAAUUAAAUUCUAGCCAAAAAAAUACAAUACCAGAUUAUUAUUACUAUUUAUUUAUGAAAAAUUUAUAUUCUUGUAUAUUAAUUUAAUUUAAUAAAAAAAAUAUUAAAAUUUAAAUAUUAUUUGGAAAUUAUCUUUGUGUUUUAUAUAAUAAAACGAUUCUAAACGAGAAAAAAUAAAUUUACGUAAAUAUAAAAAGAAUAUAUAUUUCUUUAAUUAAUGUUUGAAGCAACUUUUGCAUUUACAUAUUCAUCUAGUGAUGUAAUUUCGCAAACAGAUUAAUUGGAUAAAUAAGAUAUAUUUAAUCGCAAUAUUAAUUUAAAAAAAAAUUGGAAAACAUUAUUAUGCUUUCAUUUAAAUUUUAUAAAAAUAUAAUUAUUUAAUUUAA